AUGCCUUGUCGUUCAUUCACACUCGAAGAGAAAACAACUCUUGGUAUAAAGCACCAGACAAGAGCCCCUCGUGCGCAAGCCAAGGUUUGGCAGGAUAUCUUUAACCAGUCAACCGUGGCUGCCCCCAACAGCAGCAUAACACAGCCAAGUACAAAUCACUCGGAAAAUAGUGCCCACUCGCUUGGAACCUCACCAGUCGCAUCGCCAGCCUCAGAUGCUGGUACCUCGGCUUCAUCCUGCACAAUCACUGCCUGCGAUAAACGUCAAAUUUCGGUUCCCGUCCGCGGCCCUCAAAAGAACAGGCGAUUUGCCAGAACCAAAAAGUCAAAGGCCCGCAUACAACUGCCGCCGUCUUCGAAAAGGCCGUCGCCUAAGAGGUCGAUCCUGAAAAACAAGAGCGACUCUUCGCCACCGUCUCUCGACCCUCGACACUUCCCCAGGCUAUCACUCAGUCAGCUUCCCGAGAACGCGAUCGAUGAUGACGAUGCAAAUGAAACAUACCCUCCCGCAUCUCGAAUCCUUCCAGUAAGGUCGAGGCCAGGAUCCAGUGGUCCCAAUUCUCGACAGACGUCGGAGUCGCAGUCUGUGGAAUACCAUGUGGGUAAACCGCUGCUAAGGGUUGUUGGUUUUGAAUAUUCGCCGAAGCGAUCCUUGUCGGACCGAGAGCUCCGCUCCUCUCUGCGUUUUGAGGCUAUGACACGAUCCCCCACCAUAGUUACGGAUGAAAUGCCCAAGCCGCUUUUUGAGCUGGGCCCAGAAUGGGGUGAGCAGCCUCGCAAGGAACCUCCAUCACCCGCAAAGUCCGACAUGCGAAGGGUUACAGAAGGUCAGUUCGGCCAAUUUGGGGAGAUUUUUACUCCCUUCCGCUGUAAGAGUCGAGCGCGCGGUUCGGUUUCGUCUCGCAGUGUCGACGAGCUCUACCUGGCGUGCGAGCGGGCGGCACUGAGGUUCGACACACCUGCGUCUUUUUUGCAUUUAUUUGGUUUUCUGUUGAAAGAGAUGGGGCCUCUCCCUGCAGAUCUAGACCGUCGUCCUCUUGGCGAAGAUUGGGCUUGGCCACCGGCACCAACACUUUCGAGAGGCUUCGCGAGUCGCUGCCCAGACCCAAGACCGCGACGGGUUCCCGGGGCUGCAUCGACGAGCAGAGGCCAAAGAGAGCAGCAACUGCAACCGACUGGAGACCUUCCACCGCUGCAGACAGCCCCCACUCAUCCAAAUUCAAAGAAGGCGGCUUCCACGGCCGACUUGCCCAUGGAGCCAUCAAGAUCGGGUCGUUCUACCGUCGAUUACUUCCCAGCCGACGCCAGGAGCAGCACUAGUCAUAGCAGUGGCUCCUUAAUCCGUUCUGCUGAGCGGAGUCCCAUCAGCCCACUGGAGCCCAUACCCGAGGUUCAAUCGGUUAUGCGCUCGCAGUUCAAAAAGCUCAAGUGGGCAGAUGAGCAGAAGUCAGACCAGGAUCAGAAAACGGACAAGCAGGCCCAGAAGGAGCCAAGCGAACAAGCAUCUAAGAAGGAUCGAGAGUUGUCAAGGUCUAGGUCUGAUCCCAGAACUGCUGCGGCAGGCAGACGACCCUUAAGACCCUUCACGAUUGACAGAAGCGGAAGGCGGCCAUCCGGAGGUCUCGUUGGGCAAUCCACUGCCCAGGUUCAUGCUUCCCAACCCAUAGGGGCUACCUUUGCACCCUUGCCAUCCGUUAACACGAUCCUCAGGCCCGUCUCGUCGGCCACGACAGCCAAAUCGCCCCUGUCUGCAUCACCCGAGGCGCCUCCAACGGCGACAAGCAUUGCUUCUCCCAUUUUUGAAAACAUAAACCCGCUCCCGGCGCUCAGGCGGGCCAUGUCGGACCUGAUUCCGGAAAGGCCGGCAUACCCUUACGAUCCACUACUCGACAACUACGCCCCUAAGCAGCCCUUCCACAUUCAAUGGCGCCGCGGCAGCGUCGAUGGCCAACAAUCGCCUGUAACAAUCCACAUGGCUUCGCCACCCAUAAGGUCUCAAAGGAGUUUAGCUUCCACUCUGCCCUUGUCGUUGGAUCCCAACAUCAUGACCACGCCUUCUGGUGCUUCUCAUCCGGGACGACCGUUUGUCACCGAGUCGAUUGCGCGAUUUCGAGGAGUGUAUCAAGUAAUGCAAAAAGCCCGGCGCUCCCGUCCUAGUCAGCUAGAGGUCGGGCCCGGAAUGGCUGUAAGGCCCAACCCCGCUUUUCGUAUUCUUUUGACCAGGCAGCCGCUAAAGGCAGGCCUCUCCAAUCCUCGAGUUUUGCAGAGACUGUGA